CGGGGUUUUCUUUAGCCGUUGAGCGGGUUCAGAAGAUAUAUAACACUACCAUAAAUUUCAGUUUGGACGUUAAUCAAGAGCGGAUGUGUACAGACCUCAUGGGCAACGUUGUGGCGAUGACCGCUGAAUGGUAUUACAGGAAGAAGAACGAGAACAACCUUCUCGCGUCCAUUGUACUAGGAUGUGGAGAUGCGGAGAUGGCGCGACUCUACACUCAAUGGGACAUUUUAUGGCUUUCGACGGCCGGUGCUCCUAUUGCUUCAAAUCAGCACGUAUCAUAUCCAACAGGACUGAACACAAACUAUUUCGUGGUGUCCCAGUGCGCUGAAUUAUUUAUCGACAUCCUUAAUAAAUAUAACUGGACAUCUGUUACGGUGGUCACCGAUCCGAGCUCUCCUCCCUUUUAUGCCGUCCUGAUGUCGGUAUUUCUCGUCAAUCUAAAAGGUCAAAGACACAUAACACAUUCUGUUCGAGAAAUUAACGCAAAGCUAGGGCGUCCGUUCGGUGGUUUUGGAUCAAUUUUAGAUGAUAUUCGUGCAAGUAGUAGAGUAGUAAUUUACUUUGGAAUCGGGAAGAUUCUGCGGGAAUUUCUGGUUACAGCAGCGUCUCUGAACAUGACAAAUGGAGAAUAUGUUUACAUUCUGACAGAAAAUAACCUUUUUCGCCCAUUUCAUUGGAAGGCUGGUGAUAAAGAUGACCUGAUCAUUACCAAUUAACAACACAAUAACGACCAACAGGGACUGGAGGGGGGUGACUCUGGCUCAGCGUUUCCUCAACCAAACUUUCACCGAUGACUUUGAUAACAGUAUGUAUAUUGACACAGAAGGGCAACGUCGUACCGAUUUUACGGUGUCUUUUUUUGACCUAAACGGAACACGCAAGGUAACGCUUAGUACCAUUUUCGUAGCCCAUUUCCAGCAGCACAGUAAUAAUAUUACCGCUUUGCUCUUCUACUCGUAUUUCAUAGCACGUGUUGCGAAAGCUUGGCGCAUCUUGAGAUCUAAUAGAACUAGUGCAUUUAACGACAUGGGUUGGCGAUUCCUUUCCUCCUCCAAACGAGCCACGUUGCGGAUAUUCAAAUCAGCGGAUGGUUUGUAUCACGCCAAGUAAUUGUUGCUCUUUGGAAAUUGGUAGCAUGCUCGCUUCGUAGCACACAUGUAC